AUGUACAACGUCAUUGCAUGCAUGCAAUAUAUCCGAUCCUAAAAACAACAAGAGACAAUUCUCACAUAAUUAGAAAGAAUAACAUCAUCAGGUGUUAAUCGAGCAUGGGACCUUUAAAUCAGCACAUUAGUGUAACUUUUCUAGUGUCAUUGAUGAUCUUCACUCUUUCAUCAGCAGAUCCCUCAAUUGAAUUUAUGCCCUAUGAUGAUAAUGAUAUAUCAGCAUCCAUACUCAAGCCAAUGGCGCCUCCACCGAAGUCGCCGCAUCCUCCCGCGCCAGCGCCAUCCAAGCCGACGCAUUCAUCGAAACCUCCCGCGCCCGCACCAUCCAAGCCGACUCAUGCACCGAAAGCUCCCGCGCCCGCUCCAUCCAAGCCGACACAUGCAUCGAAAGCUCCCGCACCCGCACCUUCUAAGCCGACGCAUACACCGAAAGCUCCCACCCCCGCACCAUCCAAGUUGACACUUGCAUCAAAAGCCCCUGCACCCGCACCAUCCAAGCCAACACAUGCGCCGAAAGCUCCUGCCCCCGCACCAUCCAAGCUGUCACAUGCAUCAAAAGUUCCCGCGCCCGCUCCAUCCAAGCCAACUCAUGCACCUAAAGCUCCCGCGCCAGCACCAUGCAAGCCGACACAUGCAUCGAAAGCUCCUGCACCCGCACCUUCGAAGCCAAUGCACACACCAAAAGCUCCCGCGCCCGCACCUUCUAAGCUGACGCACGCACCAAGAGCUCCCGCGCCCGCACCGUCCAAGCCGACUCAUGCAUUGAAAGCUCCCACGCCCGCACCAUCUAAGCCAACACAUGCAUCAAAAGCACCCGCGCCUGCACCAUCCAAGUCGGCACAUGCAUCGAAAACUCCCGCGCCUGCACCAUCCAAACCCACACAUGCGUCGAAAGCUCCGGCGCCUUCACCAUCCAAGCCAACUCAUACAAUGAAAUUGGCUCCACAUCGACCAGCACCCUCACCAAGGGCACCAUUGCAUACACCCCCACCAGCACCAAAGCUCCCACCGCCAACACCAAAGCUUGGACGAAGACUUGCAUAAUUGCCACCACAUCCAUCAACCAAGUCAGCACCUAACCACAUCCAUCACCCAAGCUAGAUCAUAUAUGAGCUUAUCUAAUAUUGAAUGUGUCCCUACGUCUAAAUAAAUUAAGAUUGAAAUAAUGCAAACUCAAUGUGAGUUGCUUGUGGUGUUAUUAUUUACCUCGAUCGCCAUGGUGGCGGGGUUGUGUACUUGUAUUACAGGAAAUUCUUGAAUCAUACUUGGUUGUAAACUUUCAAGUUCUCUCAUCUCUUGUUUAAUCAUUUAUUCUUUUAUCGGGACUAAAUAAGUCAUAUUUUUGGAAAUAAGAUAUACCUAGUCUU